AUGCCUGCAGCCUUGGCUCUGCUGCUGCUCCUGGCGCUGGGCGCCCGCGGGGCGCGGGGCUGCCUGCAGUGCGACCCCUCGGUGCGCCAGGCGCUGGGCGAGCUGCGCGCCGCGCUGAGCCCCAAGCGCAUCCACCUGGAGCGGCUGCAGGCCCGCGCCCAGGCCUUGCUGCUGGCCAUGGAGGGGCCCUUCUUCCGCGACUACGCGGUCAACGCUUUCUUGGGGAAAGUGGACCUCAACGACCUGGAGCUGGUGGCCUCCUUCACCAAGAACCAGACCACGCAGUUAAGGCAGGGCCCUCUGACAGACAUGCCCCUGCUUGAUGAACUGGUGACGCUCCGGGAGAGGGUCGUCAAAGAGCUGAAGAAAGUAUUAAAGUCCUACGAAUUAAAAGCCUGUGACCCCAAAGUUUGCCGUGAGUCCUGGGUUUAUGAUCUGGCCCUCCCACCUACACCUCUGUACUUGGCCCCCCCAAAUCAAGCUCAGCUACCAUAUUUCCAUUGGGUGGUUCCCCUCCUCCCCCAGUUGGCAUGUUGCCUGAUGAUAUCUGAUAUUUAUGGCGUUGUGAGAAUAGUCAUAGCCUGCCUAUAUAUUUGGGGGUUGGAAGGGGAAAAAAAAAGCUCACCUCAAAAUGCCUUAGGGGGUUCAAAUCCCAUCCCUACUGCGAACACCAAGGCACAGGGCUGGGGGGGGGGGGGUCCAUGAGUUUUAGGAAAAAUGUUGAAGUGUCUCUCUCUCUCUCUCUCUCUCUGUCCCUGAAAUAAAAGGUUAGCCUGGGAGCAGUGAUACUGAAGACGCUAGAGGCCAUAGUUCUGAAAAAUGAACACCUUGGUGGGUGGGGGUGGGGGCGGGAAAGGCUCUGCGGAGAUCCUCCUGUCUCCGCCUUUUGGCAGGAGAGAGACUGGCUUGGCUCACACUGAAUUCUGUUCCAUGUGCGUCCGAGUCACUAGGUGGUAACCGCACCUGCUGUGGCUUAUAAAGGAAUCUCUGAAACGGUGAGAUGAACGAGUCCUUUUAUUUUUAUUUUUAUUUUUAUUUUUAUUUUUUGCCUCCAGGGUGAUUUCUGGGGCUCGGUGCCUGCACUAGGAAUCCACUGCCCCUGCAGGACUUUUUUUUUCUUUUCCCACUGUUAUUGAAAAGGACAGAGAGAAACUGAGAUGGGGAAGAGGGUAGACACCUGCAGACCUGCUUCACCGCAUGCAAAGCGACGCCCCUGCAGUUGGGGGGCUCGAACCGGGAUCCUCCCUCUAGUCCUUGAGCUACCACCUCCCCCCCCCAAGACACAGACACACUUUUAUGGCUUGGGGCAGUGACAGACACGCCUCUCUGUCCACUUUCUAUUGGUCAGAAGUUAGUCACGUGAUGUGCCGCCUACAGCAAGGGCGUCUGGGAAAUGUAGUUUCCUGUGAGUGCAGGGCAAGGUUAAGCCAGAUGCAGAGACAGCCAGCCUCUGAGGGAAGGGAAGAGUGGCCGCCAUCUCAGUCAGUUACACUGUAUUUUUUACUAUUUAUUUUUGCUUUCCCAUCCUUUAUUUAUUUACUUUUUUUUACCAGAGCACUGCUCAGCUCUGGUUUAUGGUGGUGCUCGGGAUUAAACCUGGGACCCUUGCUGCCUCAGGCAAGAAAGUCCUUUUGCAUAACCAUGAUGCUAUCUCUUCUGCUCACUUUAUCUGUUUUUAAAGAUGUAGAGAGGGACAAACAGUAGAUAGCAUCAUGGUUUGCAUGCAAAGAGGCUUUCAUGCCCGAGGUUCCAAAGUCUCAGGUUCAGUCCCCUGCACCACCAUAAGCCAGAGCUAAGCAAUGCUCUGAUGAAAGAAAGAAAGAAAGAAAGAAAGAAAGAAAGAAAGAAAGAAAGAAAGAAAGAAAGAAAGAAAGAAAGAAAGAAGGAUGGAAAAAGAAAGAUGUAGGGAGGGAAUCGGAGCAUUGCUCUGGCAUAUGUGGUGCUGAGGCUCGAACCCAGGACCUCGGGCCUGCAGAGCUCUGUCCCAGGUCGCCACCUCAGCUGCAGCAAAGGUCUCACAAAGUGAUGGCCCAGCAUUAAGGUCAACGGGACAACCAUGACCCGACUCAGUUUUUUUUUUCCCAAUAUUUUAUUUAUUUAAUGAGAAAGAUAGGAGGAGAGAGAAAAAGAACCAGGCAUCACUCUGGUACAUGUGCUGCCUGGGACUGAACUCAGGACCUCAUGCUUGAGAGUCCAAUGCUUUUUACCCACUCAAUUCAGCUUUUUGACGGCACAUAAAAAUCCUGUUGUCCCUGCGACUUCACCACUCCAAAUUGACUUUUUCAAAUAAAGAGACAGAGAUAGAAGAAGACAGAGAUAGAGAGACAGAAGGGGAAAGAGAUCACAGGCUCACAGCGCACACAAGCUUCCUCCGGGGCAGUGGGGCCGACCUCAGAGCUCACGGUGAAGCGGGUGCACUAUCUUGGGGAGCUGUCGAUCUCUUGCCAGCUCUGCUGACAUAAACGUUGAUUACAGACAUCGUUUUUUUUUUUUUUUUUCCUUUUUAUUUCACUAGAUAGGACAGCGAAAUUGAGAUGGGUGGGGAGGUAGUGAAGGGAAGAGGGAGAGACCUGCAGGCCUGCAUCACACUUGUGAAGCUUCCCCUCUGCAGGUGGGGAGCGGGGACUUGAACCCAGGUCCUUGUGCAUGUAUGCCCAAUGCCCAGCCCCUGAAAAUAGUUUUAACGGAAAUCGCGGCAUUUUGUUCAGCUAGCUUGGUGCAAAUGCAGAAAGGGCAGGGAACUCCUCUUUCUCCUUCUUUCCUGCCUCC